CCUACACCCCCCAUCGGCCCCCGCGGCGCGGCGCAGGCGCGGUGCGCGCGGCCAAGAUGGCGCUGCUGCGGCAGGUGUACGGGGCGCUGUUCCGCCGCACCUCCACCUUCGCGCUGUCCGUCGUGCUGGGCGCCGUCCUCUUCGAGCGCGCCUUCGACCAGGGCGCCGACGCGCUCUUCGAGCGCCUCAACGAGGGGAAACUGUGGAAGCACAUCAAGCACAAGUAUGAGAACUGAGCAGCUCAGCAGCAGCAGCAGGGAAGGAUUUGGCCUCCUGACACUGGGAAUGGAUUCCUGAUGGAACAACUCCGAGCCAGAGUGGAUCAGCCACCCGCUGAGCUGGUGUGAGGCAGGAUGGACUCCAGGGGUGCUGCUGUUCCCAACUCAUGGUGUUCAAAUAAAACUCUGGUCCAUCUCUCGUG